GAUUCUAGACCAGAAUUACCAAAAAUAGAUAUAAAAUAUUACAAAUAAAUAUGGAACAAUGCUAUAACAGAGGUUGUGGACAACAAUACGAUCCAGCCACCAAUUCUGAUGAAUCGUGCCGGCAUCAUCCAGGUGCUCCAUUUUUUCAUGAUGCCUACAAAGGAUGGUCAUGUUGCAACAAAAAGUCGGUAGAUUUCACAGAAUUUCUUAACAUCAAGGGCUGCACAUUGGGUAAGCAUUCAAACAUUAAGCCACCCGAACCAGAAAAACCUGCCAAGGAUAACAAAGAUGAGGAGAAGGCUGUGGAAGUUGAAGUACGUGCACCCAUUAAGGAAUCACUGCCUAGACCACCGAUUGAUACGCCUUUUACUGUCCUUAAGCCAACAGUGGCUCCAGCAUUAAAGGACACCAUUGAUAAAUUAAAAGUCAGCGGUGUUGCUGCGCCAGUUGCAGCGGCAGAUAGCGAUGGAACCAUUGCUGUGGGAACAAGCUGCAAAAACAGUGGCUGCACUUACUCCUAUACGAACACCAGCAGCGACUUUGGCGAGUGCACCUACCAUCCUGGCGUUCCCAUUUUCCACGAGGGCAUGAAGUUUUGGUCAUGCUGUCAAAAACGUACCUCAGAUUUUGCUCAGUUCAUGGCCCAAAAAGGCUGUGUGUACGGUCAACAUAAAUUUGUUAAGGAUGAUGAUGACAAAAAGGUUAUUCAAUGCCGAUAUGAUUGGCAUCAGACAGCUACAAAUGUUGUUGUCGCCGUCUAUGCCAAAAAAUAUCAUUACGCGGAAAGUCUUGUUGAAGUCAACCCAAUACGCUUGCAUGUUAUGCUCGUCUUCCCAGAGCAAGAAAAUGCUAAAUUUGACUUGGACCUAGAACUGCGCGGUAUUGUCAAUGUACAAAAGGCUUCUGCACAAAUGUUGGGUACUAAGGUUGAGAUUACAUUGCCGAAGCUGGAGCCAGGAUCAUGGCCAAAACUUAAUUUUCCUCGUGAUGUGCUCCCAGCUGUAAAGAAGGACACUGAUCAGAGCAACCGAAAAGCAGUUGAGAGUGAUGAGGAGUUCUUCGACUUGGACGACAUUCAAUCUGUUCAAAAGUAUGGACUUAAAUUAUCCGAAAUGAGUUUAGAAAAUCCCAAUGCAUUGGAUUGAUAACACACUAGCAUUUUAUUGUAGUAACUAAAUAGAGCCAUCAUUGAGAGUUAAGCUGUUUUGUUUACAAUACACAAGUAUGCCUUA